AUGCUGACAUCAACUCAGCCUCAUGCUGCCAUACUCGGAGGAACCCCACGGAUAUCACUCACCGCGGGGCCUUCGACUCGCGUUAACCAACGUGCGAUUCAUGCGGCGGCCGCAGCAGCUACGGCCACGACACCUAGUCUGCCCUUGAGACGGAGGAUUCCUCUGCGUUCAUGGGAUAGCCACAUGCAUGUCGUUGAGCCUCAGCGCUUUCCGGUAUCUCCGACAGCAGUAUAUCAGCCAGAGGUUCAUACCUUGGCUGACGCUCUUGCUUUCGAGUCCUCCUUGGGCGUUGAGAACCUGGUCUUUGUCCAGCCAUCUAUCUAUGGAACUGACAAUUCCUGCUUAUUAGCGGCUCUGUCAAAGCUCGGUCCCUCUCGUGGCCGCGGUGUGGUCGUGGUUGACCCUGCCACGAUCCAGUUAGAGACCCUGGACGAGUGGCACACACUCGGCGUUCGCGGUCUCCGAGUGAACCUGCAGUCCGUGGGUAAGGUGAUGGAUCAAAGCGAGUUGGAAGAGACAUUACUUCUCCAUGCCGAAAUUGCACGCCCACGGAAUUGGAUCAUUGAGGUCUACGUUCCUCUGAAGAUGGUACCCAUGCUCGAGUCCGUGGUGCCUCGUCUCGGUGUCUCCCUUUGCAUCGAUCACUUCGGAAGCCCUGAACUAUCCUGCCUGUCCUGGGCCAAAAGCAACAAUUCCUUCGAUCCAUAUACCCUCCCCGGCUUCGACUCUUUAAUAUCGCUACUCCGAGCCGGAAACACCUACAUCAAACUGUCUGCCCCCUAUCGACUUACGAAAGACCGACAAAUGCGUGAUCUGAAGACCAUGGCACGCGAGUUUAUGGCUGCGGCACCGGAUCGAGUCAUCUUCGCCACGGAUUGGCCUCAUACCCGUUUCACCGGUGUCGACAUUAGCCCAUUCACCGAGUGGUGCUUGGACCUUUGCAUCCACGACCCCGAGUUGGCGGAGAAAUUGUUUAGGCGGAAUACAGAGCGGAUGCUGGAUGUGAACUUGGAUUGA